AGCAGAUGUUAACACCUGUAGGGAGAGAAACUUGCGAGUUUUUACAGAGCAACGUAAAAAAAGGCUCUUCUCAUAUGAGAAUAGAUCAGCACCACGCCUUGGAACUCUUCUUGACCCACGCUUCAAAAAGGAGGGUUUCCAAAAUCCGUCAAAUGCCCAGCAGGCCAUGUUGAUGUUGGAGGGAGAGGUUCAUAAUAUAAUACAGGACGUGAGAUCUAAAAAUUCCACAGAGGAACUGCCAAGGAAUGAGGAGACUCCAUUUUUAUUUAAAUGCAUGGCAGGAAAAAUAAAAGAAAAAAACAAAAGUUCACGGGCGGACUCAAUUAUUACCAUUCGCCAAUAUAUGGAGCAGCGCAAUGCUCUUCAUGACAGCGAUCCGCUCCAAUAUUGGCAGAUUAACAAGGAACAUUUAUUUGCACUUGGACAAUGCGCAAUAAAAUUCUUGUGUAUACCAGCAAGUUCAGCUGAAUCAGAGCGCACAUUUAGUAAAACAGGAGCUAUUGUGACGGAACGGAGAGCAUGUUUAAAACCUAAACAAGUGAACACAUUGGUUUUUAUUAACAAAAAUCAAUGGCUACUUUAAAAUAACUGUGAUAUUGGAACGAAUUGUUUUUUUUUUUUAAAUAAGAACCUCUCAUUAGCAUUAAGUUUGGAAAUCACCUUUUGUUUUGUAGUAUUUAAGAGUAGCAGCUAUCCGCUGCAUAGUACAAUAAGGACCUCUCAUUAGCAUUAAGUUCGGAAAUCGCCUUUUGUUUUGUAGUAUUUAAGAGUAGCAGCUAUCCGCUGCAUAGUACAAUAAGGACCUCUCAUUAGCAUUAAGUUUGGAAAUCGCCUUUUGUUUUGUUUUUGCUUAGAGAGAUUUUUGUUUUCGUUUUUUGGACUUAGGACGAGAAGUCACCCUUUUUUUUAUCUUCAAGUUUAAC